GAAUAUGUAGAUAGCGCUGCCCGCCGCGCACUGCCCCGCCCUCUACUCUUCUCCCUCGCAACGGACUCUCCCCUCAAACGGGAAACAAGAUGGCGGCGGCAGGUCCGAGUACUCGGGCCUCUUCCGCGGCGGCAGCAGCAGCUCUGAGUCGGCGGGGCCGGCGGGGCCGCUGUGAUGAGAAGGCGGCAGCCAAGACUGGGGCCUCGAUCCCGGCCUCUGGCCCCGCGCUGCUGGUGUUGCCGCCGCCGUUGCUGCAGCCGCCACCGCCGCGGUCGGAGGAGUCGGGCUGCGCCGGGUGCCUCGAGACCCCGGGGGAAGCAACGGCCAUUCCUUGCCGCCACUCGCUGUGCCGGGGCUGCGCCCAACGCGUCGCCGAUGCAGCGGGCCCCACGCCCGCGGAGCCAGAGUUUAUAUUCAGAACACCAAUCAAAUUAAGUAAGCCUGGGGAACUUCGUGAGGAAUAUGAAAGCCUGAGAAAGCUGAAAGAAGAAAAGCUACAAGAGGAGAAAACCUCUGAAGAUCAAAUCCACAAACUGUUACCAGAGGAUACAGAAACCGGGAAAAGGAAAAUGGAUGAACAGAAAAAAAGAGAUGAGCCACUAGUACUGAAAACAAAUCUGGAGCGUUGUCCUGCACGUCUCUCAGAUUCCGAGAAUGAAGAACCUUCCCGAGGCAAGAUGACACAGACGCAUCGCUCGGCAUUUGUUUCCAAGAACAACUCCUACUCCUUAGCUUUCCUGGCAGGGAACCUAAAUUCCAAGGUGGAAAGGAGUCAGAGCUGCAGUGACACUGCUCAGGACAGAGCAAAGGGCAGACUCAGAGCAGCAAGCAAAGCCAAGGUCACAACUAUAACCCCAACCUCCAACCCCAUCAUUGGUGUCCUCUUGUCCACUCAAAACAACCGCUGCCUCUCGGCCCCUGACUUAACCAUUGAAAAGCGUCUGCCCUUCAGCUCCCUGUCAUCCUUGGCUUCCUUGCACAAACCAGAGCGCUCCAUCAGCCCUGAGAGCAAUGACAGCAUCUCCGAAGAACUCAACCAUUUCAAGCCCAUUGUCUGCUCACCAUGUACUCCUCCUAAGAGACUCCCUGAUGGCCGCGUGCUGAGUCCCCUCAUCAUCAAAUCAACACCCCGCAAUCUAAACAGAAGCCUGCAGAAGCAGACUUCUUAUGAGGCCAGUCCACGGAUCCUUAAAAAGUGGGAACAGAUCUUUCAGGAGCGGCAGAUUAAAAAAACCUUUUCGAAAGCCACCCUCACUUCCCUGGCUCCAGAAACGGGGGAAGACUUGCUAGUCUCUGAAGUUAUCCAUUCUAGCAAGGAGAAGCCACUUCUGGCUUUAAAUACAAGACUGUCCAGUGGGCAUGCACUCUCUGAGUACACUGGACCCACCUCCGCUGACCUUGAUUAUUUCCCCUCUGUUAGCCAGACAAAAGCAGGACAGGGCAGUGGUAGCAAAAAGAGCACUGAGAUCCCACUGGAAACCUGCUGUUCUUCAGAACUCAAAGUGGGAGCCAGUGGAACUUCUUUGGAGAGAGAGCAAUUUGAAGGGUCAGGGUCAAGCCCAGAUGCCAAGUUAGACAAAACCUGUAUAAGCACAGCUAUGAAAAUUUCGGCAGUUAAUUCAGUGCUACCCAAAAACACUGUUUUGGGUGGGGUCCUCAAAACAAAGAAACAGCUGAAAACAGUGAAUCAUUUUGACCUGCCUAACGGUAUCCUGGCAGACAACCUAGGUGAGGAGCCACUUCCCUCCUUGCGCCGGGGCCGGAAAAGACACUGUAAGACCAAGCACUUGGAACAAAACGGCUCUCUUAAGAAACUGCGACAAAGCGGUGGCGAGAUGGGCCCGGCCCCAACAGACCCAGUACUUCGAGAGAGGGAGCAGAAACUGCAGCAAGAGGAAGAGGACCGACAGCUGGCUCUGCAGUUGCAGCGCAUGUUUGACAAUGAGAGGCGGACUGUAAGUCGGCGGAAAGGAAGCGUGGAUCAGUAUCUCUUACGGUCCAGCAGCAUGGCCGGGGCCAAGUAGCACCGAAUAGAACAGUGUUGCCUAUUUUUAAGAGGUCUUUGGGCUUGAUCAUUUAUCCUGUAGAGCUGAAUGUUCUCACUUUGGGUUUCUUUUUAUGUCUGGUGGUUCUGAGAGGUUCCAGGACCUUUGUAGUCUGUAUCCAAGGGAACUGCGUCUCUGCCUCCCUGUGACCCAGGCCAGAAGCACUCCCCACCCCCUAAGUGACCCACGCUCAAGGGCUGUUCUGGGCCAAAUCUGGCAGCACCCACUUGGAAUGAGAUUCAGGAGCACAAUGGCCAGAGUUAGAAAUGGUAGAGGAAAGAGGGGAUACCUUCUCAGACUGAUAGACCUCCUGACUUCUUUCAGCAGGUUUUUUAUUUUUUUUUAAAUCAGCCUUGCAGAUAAAAAUUAGUUCCCUCUUUUUCAAAGAAGUGGAACAGUAUAGUUCUCUACAGAUCCAAAAAGAUUAUGUCCCCCCUUUCCUUACCCUUGCCCCACAAGUAAAUAUACCUAAUGAAAUCUGUUGAAUUCAUGCUUCUACAAAAGCUAAUUCACCAUCCCUGUUUAAAGAAUAACAUGUAUAAUGCCAUGUAGUUGACAGACCAUGUUUAGUUAUGGUUUAAUUUGAUCUUCCCAGGAGACCUAACAUGUAAGUGGGAUUGGCCUCAUUUUUAGAUGACGAAACUGCAGUGCAGAUAUUCAGGUUCUCUCACCUACUAAGUGGCACAGCCCAGACUGACUGCUGGGUCUCCCAACAACAAAUCUCAUGGAUUUUCCACACUAACAGGUCGCCAUAAUGGACUACAACACAAAGGCAUGCCAGGGGAUCAUAGGGAAAGCUGGCUAGGCAUUGCGUACCCAUCGUGCAAAAUCCACAUGCAGAUAAUUGAGAUUGACUGGAAGCAUAAACAUACACUGUGCAUUUAUCCCCGCCGCCCACGCAGUUUACAGUCUUCUGUUUUCCUGGUGAUCCCACCCUGUGAGAUAAAUGACAGAUGUCAUCAUUCAUUACUCUCCACAUGGCCAAGGGUUAUCUGCAAUGUUGAUCUAAAAUCCAAAAAUCUUUGCCCAGGAGUCAGGCAACAACAGUGCUGAAACUCCAUACUAUGGAAACAAGGUAUCUAGCUGGAUGCAGCUGGUAAAUUCAGUCCCAUGGACCUUUGGGGUUUAUUUUCCUUAGCAGCUGACACCAUGUGUCUUUUGCAUCCCUGGUGGUGCUUGGUGCUUCUGCCCAUCUGGGCUCAUUGAGAAUAGGGAUUAAGAUACGAUUUUUAGGGAAUCUCAGAUAGGCUGGCAUUCUCUGUGCAUGUAUGAGCUGUUACUAUAAAGUCAUGUGACUAGCAUUUUAACAAAUCUUACAGAGCUAUAUAUCCCAAUGUCUGUUGUCCCCCUUGAAUGGUCCCAGCAGGAUACUGCAUAAUUUUUUCCAAUGAUGUUGCCCUUGGUGAAAACAUUUCUGGAACUGUCCUCAAAGUCUAGAAACAUAGACUCCUCAAAUGUCAGAACUGGAAGGGGCCUUAAUGGUCAUCUCUUCCAACUUCUUUCUCUUAUUAAAGCAGAAGCUAAGAUCUGGAACAGUGACUCACUUACUGAUCAAGGUCACUAGGAAUUUACUAAAUAGUCUUUUCUCAGGAGAUUUGCCUCCCUUCUCUGGGCAAAUCUUUACUAUUUUGGGGUUAUAGGAGAGAGAAUUUUAAGUUUGAAACUAGUCAGAAGCUAUUUGAAGCCUCUGGAAGAGAAGGUGAAUGGGUUAAUGCAGCUAUAAAGUAGAGCCAUUUUGUAUGCGUAUGUGUGGCUUAUAAACAGUUCCCAGAGAGAAGUUCCAGAGAUGUCUUAAGCAUUUUGGUGAUCAUUGAGAUAUGUGGAACCUCCUCAGUGACUACUUUGGUGGGGAGUGUCACCCACCUGAAUGUAUGUUUUCUGUGUUCUCUGUGCACACGUGCAGAUGUAUGCUUAAAAAAACAUACGUCAGUCUCAUGACUUUAUAUUCACACCACUUCAGUUUUAGGUCCUACCAGCAACAUAUAUCCUUCAAAGGCUACUGGAGGGCAUAUUGGUGCCCAAGAUGAAAGAGUUGGCACUGGUCUGCAGAAGACAGAGAGGGUGACUUAGCAAAUGCCCUUAGAGAAAACAUUAGUUACUGCCAUUUCGUAGAGUUUCUUUUUGAUCUUAGUAAAUAUUAUUGGGAGGCUAGUCUCAUUGGUUAUAGCAAAAACACUUAUUUUUCCACUUGCCACCAUUUUCUCCAAUAAUUUGAAAAACACUUUUCAGUUGUAACCGAUUUUUGUUUUUGGAAAAAAGAUAAAUAUUUUUAAUAGAAAAGAUAUAUAUUUUAAAUAUUUUCCCAAAGUAAUACUUUCAUUUGAAGAAGUUGCAUAUCUGUAGCAACAAGUUUUAGCUUCAGGUGCAGAGUGAAAAUCUACUUCUUGUUAAAACAGCAAAUAUUCUGAACUCUGGAUCCAUCUUACUGACUUUCCCCCUUACACCUGCGACAGUGGUAUUGACAGUUGUUGUUUGCCAGACUUCCAGCUGAGCAGUAGUCCUUCAAAUAUAGGCAAUGCAGUGGAGGCUAAAGAGGGAAGAGGCUUAAUCUUUAAUCUGCUUGGCUUUGGAGAAGGAAAAAACUACUUAGGUAUUAUCUGUAUUUUAAGAUGCUUCCCAAAUUUAAUAACUCAAACCUGAACACUUUUUUUUUCUGAAAAAUUUCCCUCUCCUGUUGCUUGUGAAGUUGGUCACAAAUGGAGUUGCCGACGUGAAUUCUUUGGAGAAAAAGAAAGACAAAGAACAAAUAAAAUGAAGGGGAGGGUUUCUGAGCUAGAAUGAGAGGUACACUAUUUUACAAAACAUUUCUCACAAAUUAUUGGAUUCCAAUUCAUCAUACAAAUUUCCCUUGUUCUUCUAACUCUGUUCCUUAUGCAUAUGCAUUCUUUGUUUUUUCUCAUUGAGGGGAAAGUUAUGAGAGGUUAGAAGAUGGAGGUCAUUCUGAUGGAAAAUAUAAAAAUUGUGGUACCCUGAGAAUGGGUCUCUCAGCCCUUUUCUGUAGAGUAGAAGACACUUUGGAAUCAUGAUUCUGUUGAUUAUAUCUGCCUGGAAGAAGUCAUCUGGGCCUGUUGGGUUGGUGUCAAAUCAUGGGAGUAUUUAUCCAGCCCCUGGCCUUCUUCAUAUAGUUGCCUCUUUUUAAAAGGUUAAUUCUUGGCUGAGGCUUCCCAGGAAAACCUUUUAUAAGUGGCUUCAUUUCUUUUCUUAAAAUUAAUUUUUUAAAUUUUUGCCUGGAGGGAACACUGAUGAUGAAUGCCUUCUGUGUUUUUGUUCAUUUUCCCAAAAAAGAAAAAUGCCCUUGAGAGAUUAAAGCUACUUAAUUGCUGUUUGAUUACAAACUGACUAAAA